AUGGAUGAGCUUGAUACACUCUUGGAAGAGUUGGCUCAAAGUUCCAGUAAAGGUUCUCAAACUCCUGUCCCCCCCAAGACCUUGGCGAUAGCCCCCAGACAUGAAGCAUCUAGUGUCGGAUGUGGACAGGGCAACAUCUCAGCUUCUGCUGUUAAGACAAGACAGGACUCAAUAAAAAAUGUAUACAAUGAAUUACCAGCUCCAGUGCAGGCAGAUGUCAUGAGCCCGGGCACAGCGUCACGUGAGCUGGACUCUAUCAUGAAUGAACUGCUUGGUUUGGGUCUCGGGAUUCCAGAACAGGCCUCCUCGUCGGUCCCGCCACCUCUUGUUCAGAAGUCGGGAAAAGAGAAAACGAGAGAGGACAAGAAAAAUACGGAUGACAAAGGGCCAAAGGGAGACAGCAACGCUGCGAAGAACCCGGAGCCUGACCCCGAGAAAGCCAAGCCGCCCAAAAGCGUGGAUGCCAUAGAUGAUCUGCUGGGAUCCCUUAGCUCCGACAUGGAGAAAAUGGGCGUGCGUACGGCAGCAAAGGGCCAUUGUGCGUCCUGUGGCAAGUGCAUCGCCGGGAAGAUGAUUACAGCCCUGGGGCAGGUGUGGCAUCCGGAACAUUUCGUCUGUGUCGCAUGUCACGUGGAACUGGGGACCAGUGGAUUCUUUGAGAGGGAUGGUCGAGCGUACUGUGAGAAAGACUACCAGGACCUCUACUCUCCGCGUUGUGCCUACUGCAAGGGGCCCAUUCUACAGAACAUUCUGACUGCCAUGGACCGCACAUGGCACCCGGAACACUUCUUCUGCACACACUGUGGAGAACUCUUUGGAAAUGGUGGGUUUUUAGAGCGUGAAGGGAAGCCAUACUGCACAAAGGACUUCUACCUUCUUUUUGCACCCAAAUGUUCUGGCUGCGGGCAACCAGUUCGCGAGAACUACCUUUCCGCUGCCAACGGCACCUGGCACCCUGACUGCUUUGUCUGCGCGGACUGUCUGAAGCCUUUUGCAGAUGGAUGUUUCUUGGAGCUGAAUGGUCGUCCCCUUUGUUCCCUUCACUAUCAUUCCCGUCAGGGCAGUCUGUGCGGGGGAUGCGAGAAGCCCAUCACUGGGCGUUGCAUCUCUGCCCUGGAUCGCAAGUUCCAUCCGGAGCAUUUUGUUUGUGCCUUCUGCCUUCGGCAGCUCAGUCAGGGUGUUUUCAAGGAGCAAGGUGGAAAACCGUACUGCUCCGUCUGCCACACUAAACUGUUUCUGUGA